UAAAAAUGUCUUUCUUCUCAUCAUGGAUCAAAGUUAUUUUCAUCACUGCCCUGGCAUUUCCUCUUUAUUUUGAAAAUUCUCUUGCAUCUCCAGCUCGCAGAGGCAAAGAGCCAGACUGUACGAUAUAUAAGCAGCGAUUACAUGAUUGCAACAACCAAAUGGAACCAAUCUGCGCAUCCAAUGGUUUUACUUACUACAAUAGAUGCGCUUACUGCAGUGUAAUGCUAGACACUAAUAGAGCAUUUACAUUUAAGCACUAUGGUAAAUGCUGAUUCUGCCUGAGCUACACACUCUUAAGGCAUUUACGGCAAUCCUAUUUUGCAGUGGAUUCUACAGUCAAUUCUACAGUCUUUUCAAUCAGGGUUUUAAUCUCCUAGGUGACCAGACAGUGCCUUCUAUGGUA